AUUGUAUGAUUGUAUGACACUAGCACUGGAAUCUAAUCUAACCUGACUUGACUUAAUAAAAAUACCCAGUUUAGACUUAAUAAAAAAAUCUAAAAAAAGAUUAUUCGUUUGCAUUAGUGAAACAUAUAUUAAUCGGGCUAAUAAUUUUAGAAAAAAUUUCUUAACAUGGCCAGUAGCAGAUUGGAAAGAAUUGGUACAAUAUUUACCAGAGUUGAAGGUCUUCUUAGCCGAGGAGCAAUGAAACCUGAUGACAGACCCUUGUGGUUUGAUGUAUACAAAGCUUUCCCUCCAAUCACCGAACCUAAAUAUGCACGUCCUAAUCUUGUAGUCAAAGAAAUACGACCAAUCUUAUACAAGGAAGACGUUUUAAGAGCAAAAUUCCAUUCAAACGGUUACGGUUUAGCACCAGUAAGCCUAUUAAAUCAAAGUAAUGAAACUCAAACAAAACGUCUUGUACAGCAAUACGAUGAAUUAAAAGCAGAAGGCAUUCCUGAAGAUGAAAUCAUUGAGAAAGCCGCACAAGCAGUAGCCGUCGAACGCCACAGCUAUGCUGCACAAAAAUUGAAUGUUACACCUAAAAAUCCUGAUUCCGUUACAGCCCAAGUAUUGGCUGAAGCUGAUAUAAAAAAUAUUUUCAACAACAAAUAAGGUGCUGCUUUAUAGAAUCAAUACACAACCGAAACUGUGGUGCUUUAUUACUGUAGUUACAUUAUAAGAAGCUUUAGUAAAAUAAAUGUUUAGUCAUUUUAAAUAGUUCACUUUGUGCUUUUAUUUGAUUACGUCGGCAUAACAAGCAAAUGAAUUUAUAAUGGGUAAACGUUUUCGUUGUUUUAAUAAAUUGUUAUACCACCGAAACCACCGUAAAGCAUACACAUGCCUUUUAUUCGGAAUGGCAGGGACACCGAAUUGCCUUGAUCACAUAAACAGGAUAUUAUUAUGGCCUGUUAAUGCCGGGUAUAGUAACCGGCAAACAUCGUGAGCAAAUGACCUUAACUGCGCAGAACCGAAUUUUAGAUCACUUUGGUGGUGAGGGUGAGGCGCGACGGCAGGGGAAAUCGUAUCGAGCGCGUUAUUGGUAGAUCAGUCGAACCCUGCGUCCCGCACCGCGCCUUCGUUCCGCUUGCUCCCAAAAGUACGCUUGCGUACAGUGAAAAGUCUAUCGUUAUUAAUCGUUAAGUUAUUUUUUUUUUUUUUUUUUUUAUUUAUUUAUUACACUUCAUGUAAAAUUUACAUUGGCGGACUUAAUGCCUAAGGCAUUCUCUACCAGUCAACCAAAGGUAGUGCAGAGUAAAUAGUGGUAGGUGCAAUGAAAUUUAUAUUAGGUAACGAAUACAUACAAAAAAAGUAUAUCUACAUAUAUACAAAAUCACAUAUACAUAUACAUACACACAUACAUACAUACAUACAUACAUAUAUACACACAUACAUACAUAUAAUAGUUUAUACAGUAUUAAAAGGAAUAUAUUAAUAAAUUUCCUUAACAAAUAACUUCAUCAAGUUCAUGACGAUUCCGCUAACUUUUCCAACAGCAUUCGCCGAACCCUUAACUUGAACGUGCAGCGGUUAGUAAUAGUCCUGAUCUCGAGAGGAAGCGCAUUCCAUAGCAGAACAGAUUGCACGACGAAAGAGUUACGAACAUAACUAGAACUAUGUGUGGGACAACGAAUUAAUAGGCUAUUGAGAGAACGUAGGGCCCGCUCAUGGCUGGAGUGAAGAUAUUGAAAAUAGGAAGUUAGAUAGGAAGGAGGUUCGGGAGACAUAAGUAAGGAAUGAAGAGUCGUCAGUGCACGUAAAUUACGACGCUGGCGAAUCGGUAGAAGUUUGAGCUGAGCCCGAUAGGAAGAUAUAUGAUCAUAUUUACGAAGAUUAAAAAUAAAUCGAAUGCAGUUAUUAAGAAGACGAUCAAGUUUAUUAAGAAGGUCUGCAUUCAGGUCAAAAUAACACACAUCACCAUAAUCAAUUAUAGGGAAGAUCAAGGCUUGUACUAGCAUAGUCUUGGUCGCUGAUGGUAAGAAAUUCUUGAGGCGAUACAGAGCACGAAGAAUUCCAGAGGUUCUUUGUCCAACGUAAGAUACUUGAGCUUUCCAGUCGAGUGUGGAGUCUAUGUAAAGGCCUAGGUUCUUAACCACGGAACUUAGGGGAAUUGCUGUACCAUUAUAGAAUAUAGGUGGGAGUGACAUAGUAGUUAAGCGUUGGAUCAUACGAGGACUGCCCACAAUAAUGGCUUGGCAUUUCGUUGGAUUCACAGUUAAGCCAAACUUAGUUGACCAACUGCAUAUGUAGUCCAGAUCCUUAUUUAGCUGGUUUAUUGCCUGAGAAAUAGACUCCACAGUCGUCUGUCUAUAAAGCUGCAAGUCAUCAGCAUACAGAUGAUACGCACACUGAAGAUUAUGUGUUAAGAAUAGAAAAUAGAAUAAAAUAUAAAAAUAGAAAAUAAUAAUGGAGACAAAAUACCGCCCUGGGGCACGCCAGAGUUGACACUACACCAACUUGAAGAGGUGUCAUCAAUACGAGUACACUGCUGGCGUCCCCGAAGAUAUGAUGAAAACCAUUCCAGUGCUGUAGGAGAGAUCAUAAUAUAGGACAAAAUAGAUAGGAGGAUAUCGUGAUUGACGGCAUUGAACGCAUUUGAAAAAUCAAUUAGUACCAGUACUGUGACUUUAGUGUCUUGCAUACCUGUCCUAAUGUCGCCAACCACUUUAAGGAGAGCGGAAACGGUGGAGUGACCUGGUCGGAAGCCAGACUGGUAAGGGCUCAAUAGGUUGUUCCGGAAAAUAAACUGCGACAAUUGUUUGUGUACGCAGGCCUCGAUCACCUUGGAUAGAAAGGGAAGAAUAGAUAUGGGCCUGAAGUGAUUUGGAAGGGAAGGGUUAGGAAUUUUAGGUAAAGGAAGAACAUAAGCCUUACGCCACAAUGAAGGAAAAGAGCCUGAUGAUAGGGAAAAAUUUGUGAUGUGCCAUAUAGCUGGCAGAAGAUGAUCCAGGAUUGUGACGAUCAUACGGCGACUUAUAUUGUCACAACCCACGGCGUUCGAUUUUAUGGACAGGAUAAUAUUUUUGAUCUCAUCCACAGCAACCGAAGAAAAUUCAAAGGAGUCAACAUUAAGUCGAGACAAACCAUUCAGGUAGUUCAAGGUGCGACAUUUCGUUUGAUUAUUUAGUGGUGUAGCAGAGGAGAAAUGAAAGUUGAUGUCAUUCAAACUUAUCGUCGCCUGAAAAUCAGAGUGACGCUGUCUGCCAAUACCCAGAGUUCCAAGGAAUUUCCAAAUAUCGGCAGGCGAAGCGGAAUUUAUGUUUUCUAGAAUGUGGCGUCGUUUAGCGUUACGUAUCAUCUGAUUGCACCGGUUCCUCGACACUUUAAAUUUAGUCCAGUUAUCAUUACAGCGAUUCCUCCUAAAUUUUCGAAAAGCCCGAUCCCGGCGCCUCAUAGCCAUCCGAAUACCUUCAGUCAUCCAAGGAGCUGGUGGGCGUUUCAGUUUAAUUUUUCUGAUAGGCGCAUGAGUGUUGUAAAGCCUAAGGACAACCUCAUUGAAUAUGUGAACCUUUUCAUCUACCGAGGGUGAAGAUAUUAGUUGGUCCCAGUCCACUUUAGAAGCGUCUUUGUAUAGAUUUUCCUUAUUCAUACGACCAAAACUACGCAUGGACAAAAUCCUGGGCUGUGGUUUAGGAGGUUUAAUCGUAUAGGAUAAAAAGAUGAGGUCGUGAUGGGAAAAACCAGGAGCAGGAUAUUGACCGUGAGUGGGUACAGAGGUAGGAGUGGAGGUCAGCAUUAGGUCUAGCCAAGUAUCAUCGCCAUUAAUGUUGUGGUGAGUAGCCUGUAGAGGCAAGACAUGAAGACCAGUAGACCUAAUGAUUUCCUGAAGUUUACGGGAACGAGAGGAUAAAGGAGCUAUGAAGUUGGUGUUGAAAUCACCCAUGAUAAUGUGAUGUGAAUAAUCUGACCCUAAAGAUUCCAGAAUCGGCUCGAGACUGGAGAAGUAGUCGACGUUGGGGGGACAGUAUACGACACCGAGAACAAUUUUUGCUCCCUUCAUAGAAAUUUCAAGAAAGAUAUAUUCCACAGGUGUAGAAGAAUCAGCAGACGAGCAAGCUAUUGUUUUAUAAGAAAUGUUACUGCGGAGAUAUAUAGCAACGCCGCCUCCUCGGGCAUCGAUACGAUCAUUCCGUAUUAAAGUAAAGCCAUCGAGAGGGUAGAUAGCAGAAGGUAAAUGAGGCUUAAGCCAACUCUCAGAAAUCAAGACAGCAUGAACGUUAGUGUUAGUGAAAGUAAUGAAUAAGUCAUUGUAGUGACUUGGUAUACUUUGAGCAUUAAUGUGACAUACAUUUAAAAGGCAAUCAGAUGAUUUAUCAAACGUCUGCCGUAUACAGUCUCCAAGGGAAUCGGGAAGUGAACAAUAACUAUCGUUAUCAGAUGACAGCAUAGAAUCAUUAGCAGAAAGAAACGAAUCAUCAAUACAUUCCAUUGUAUACAAAUUAAAUAUAACAGGAUAAUAUAACUAUAACUAUACUAUUAUAAUAAAAUAAAUAAAUAAAUAUAUAAAAUAAACUAAAAUAAAUAUAACUAUACUACCAUAAAAUAAAAAUAAGGAUUAAGUUUAAAAGUAAUGCACGCGCAAUGUCUCUGCACCACCCGCCAGCUGAUAUACACAGGAUGAUGAUACAAAACAAAAAAAAUAAUUACAAUACCUUAUAAAACAGAAAAAGAAAAUAAAGAAUAUUAAUAACGAAAAACAUAAUAAAGGCCAUAAUUUACAAUAAAAAAAAAAAACAAUUAAUUAGAAUAAUGAAGAACAAAUCUCCACAACAAUAUUCUGAUUAAAACUUCAAAAAAGUAAACUACAAGGCAAAUUUUAUCUGUGAACGCAGUCAAUUAAAACAGUCUGUCAAGUGUCAAAUUUACAGAAUUAAUUAUUAUAACAAGACUACCCACAAACACAUUAACAUUUGCCAAUGACAAUAUUAUACUCCGUGAUGCCACUAAUCUACCCACGAAACAUAUCAACAUCAACAUCAACAAUACGUGAAUAAAAGUAAAAGUGAAAAAUAAUAAAUCCAAUGAUAAACAUUUAAAUCAUCAAAUCAUAAAUUGCGAAAUGAAAAUAAUGGUAUACAUACGUUGUGAAGUCAUAAGACUAAAUAUAUUAGUGAAAGUCGAAUAAUCUUAAGUAAUUAAAGUGAAAAAAAAAAACAAAAACACAAACACAGGCCACUAGGUCUUCCGCAAUUUCGAGUUCACAGUGAUAGCCGGUGCCGCCUUAGAGACGCUGCCCUUUGCUGAUGUUGGCUUACCAUCCACAAUAGGAUAUUUAACUGCGAGGUCGCUAAACUCAUCCAUAGUGGUCAAUCUGUGACGAUUUCCAUCCGCAGCCUUGAUAAUAAUGACCCCGUCUUGCGUCCAACAUUGACGCACACCAAAAUACUGACGGCUCUUGCCGAACACCGCCUGUCGAGAUUUUGUAAGGAAUUCCUUGAUGGACACAGGAGAACCUUUAAGUUUGGACUUCGUCCUCCAAAUCGACAUCCGUGUAUCUAAGCAUUUCAAUCUGACCAGGAUUGGGCGGUGAUGAUCCUUAUUAGUAGCUCCUAUACGGUGACACACAUUGAAGUCAGCAGCAGAGGUGUUCAGAAGCAUUUUUUUAUGCAAAAUAUCCAAGAUGGCAGCGGUGCAGUCUUCGUUUUGAACUUCAGGGACUCCCAGAAAGAUGAGGUUUUUUCGACGAUGUCUGGUCUCGAUCGCAUCAACCAGUCGAGUGCACUCACCAAUCUGCUGUCGAAGAAGUUUCAACAUAGAGAAUAUAAGUUCCCGGAAUGUUCGGAAUUCCUCCGCAACCUUGGAGACUGUAUCCUUCGCAGGCCCUCCAGCAUGAAGCUGUGCCUCAAGAUCGGCCAUUCUUUUCGUGAAGCACUCUUCCAAGUUUCUUUGAGCAACCUCAAUCGCAGAUAAUUGCGACAUAGUUAUGUUUCUGUUUCAAGGGGUGCUGGCAGGUGGUAUUUUUAUUGGCUUAAAUCAUACUUAACGACACACAAAAGGAUCACAAAAUCUUUAUAAUGUAAAUAAAAUGAAUUAAUUUUAAUUUUCAAACUUAAAGCACUUGUUUCACUUUUGACACCUACUACCUAAUUUGUUAUAAUUGCUUGUUGACUUUGUUGCCAUUGCUAUUUGUUGAGUGUUUGUUGAUUUUUUUAUAAAAAAUACACUAUGCCGCGACAAACUGGUGUAGUAUUCAAAAGAAAGGGUAGAAAAAUUGUGUACGACGUAUAUUGCUUCAUUAUAAAACAGGGGAAGAAUAAUAUUAUGGAAAAAGUAAAACAGACUUCGGAAGCAACAAAAACAUCAGUGAGUACUGUUAGGUGCAUUAUUAACGAAGCUAAAGGCUCUGGCUUGCUCGUCGUGCUUGGGACUCCGGGUAAGAAAAGAUCAGGGAAGAAGAAAGUUACCGGAAUGGAUAGUUUCGUUCAAUCUGUAAUAAAAAGAUGUAAUCAUAAUAACUACAUAACAAGCAGCGAAACUCCGUACCGUAGAAAGGCUUCGAAAAUUUUAAAGAAGAUAUACAUUUUAAUGGCUCGGAAUGAAGCUUACGACGAAUUAUGAAAGAGCUAGGCUUCAGAUGGAAAAAAAAAAACAGAAAAUAAUCGGAAGCUGGUAAUUGAAAAAAGUAACAUUCGAUUACUACGAAUCGAAUAUCUUCAAAAAAUAAUUAAUUAUAGACAAAAAAUAAGAUCGAACCGACCGAGUCGUAAACUACACCGAUGAGCCCUAUGUCGACUUAUCACGAUGAUGGCGACUCGGGUGAUGAAAACAGUGAUGAUGAUAAUAGUCAAGAUUAUGAUAACGAAAAAAAAAUUACAAAUACCAGCUUCGCUUCAACUGAACGAAGACCUGGCAACAGCUCUAGUUUUGACUUAAUAGAAGGAAUAUCUAUUUUACCCCAAGAUUAAAUUAUUACAAUUAUUAACCUAUAUUUUUUGUUGAUGUUCUAAUAAAUAUAUAAAUAAAUACAUAUGUUGAUUUUAAUAAUUUAAUUGCAUUAUGACGCAGAGUAAAUAAUGUUUUUGCACGUGAGUGUACCAUGCGCAAACUUACCCCCACUACGUCAACAAAUACUCAAGAAGUUUGCCGGCUAUUAUAAAUAUGUAACCGGUACUGAAAGGCUUGAUGUCGCCGCCAUCUCACAAAUUAUCAACUGUAUUACUAGAUAUACUUUAAUGUAUUUUGGCUCCAGUCACCGUAAGCAUUUCGGGCCUCUUUGAUGUUGGUUUGUAGAACGACAAUAGGGUCUAUGAACACAAAGGUAACCGUUGGCCACAUUGACAUUUUGACAAAGAGCGAUCGGAUGAAAGCUACGCUCCUCGACCCGGCAUACACUACCGAUACACACCUGGGCAACCCGAGGGUAUGAGUUAUGGCGCCAUUAACUAGAUUGCCUAGAGGCAGAGCUGGGCAGUUUAUUGUGAGAGUUGCUGAUCAUAUCACCGGCGACUGUUGAUCUGGCGUUCCGUGGUGCGGUUAAGCAAUUUACGUGAGCUAUCACAAUUGUAUCUCUGUAUAUGAAUCGGAUGCUCAGGUAGAAAAGCGACACAAGGAUUAUUUAAUAGGUUCAACCAUACCACAGCCCCAACAUGUAGCGGAUGAUCCAUCUAUAUAUUCUAAUUCGUUUUAGUGGUAAGCAGCGGCUUGACUGUUUCACCAUCAGAAUAUCUAUCUGGUGGACUGCGUGUUCAUCUGCAUACAUGGGUAAAAAAAAUACGCAACCAAAAAGGCGCGUCCUGUCUACCCAUUUAAACAAAAGUAUUCGGAGAACUCGAUAUAGAGACCAUCGAUUUAAUGAAGUCAGAUUUAAGUUUAUUUAGUCAUAAUAAUUGUGAUCUGUCGAGCGAUCUCUUAUUAGCCUUGUUCAAUUUGUACUAACGUAAGGGGCUCAGUAAAGAGGCACUUGUUAUUUGUUUCUUUAUCAGUUUAUUUUUAUAGAUGGGAAAAUGAGUUCACGGCUCAACUAGUGAUAAUUAGUUCUCGACACCCAUAGAUAUCAAUCAAAUGAAUCCAUCCUGUAAUAUAAAGAAGAAGUCUCAAUUAUAAGUUAUAUGACGGCAUACCGACUAUAGACUAGACCUACCUUUCAAACCCGAACGCAUUACUGCUUCGGUAAAAAUAAGUAGGGCGGUGGAACCUACCCGAACGGGACACGAGACACCUUACUACCAGUUGCUACGCAAACUGAAUUUUUUGUUGGGUUGUUUUUUAUUGCACAAUAUUAUUCCUUCAUCGUUGUAGUCGUUCUUGAACACGUGCUAUGUAUUUCCUUAGAUAAAUUAACAUUUGCCUGUGGGAUUUGAACACCGGUAUGGUGGUAUCGUUUGAUACGAAUAAGUUAAUCGGGCGGCUAUGACGAAUUCUUUACGUAUUGUUCACUUUUGAUUUUCUUUGCUAUUUUAGUAAGUAUACCUAGGUCUAAAUCUAACAGUAUGGACAAGUAAAAGUUUUUUGGAUUCAUGUAUCAAAUACGAUCAUUUUAAAGGUUUUAUUAUAUUUAUUUUAUCACUGUAGUAUUCUAUCAAUGAAUAUACAGAAUAAUUGAGUCACACAGGAUUUCAGAAAGCUUCGUUUUAUCUCACAAAUGUGAGUAACCAAGUUAUCUUAUCUAAAGAGAUAAUAGCUCAACGCUAAAAAUGUACAUGUUUUUCUGUAUUAGUUUAUCAUAGGUGUUGUUAGUGAUUGUGUUUCUCUAUUGAGUAUUUGUGAAAGAAAAAAAAUCAAUAAAAUGGCACAGAAGAAAUCUGUUUUGUUUUACUUCGCUGUGAUUUUAGUUAUUUUGAGUACACUUACACAAGAGGUAGAAGCCAGAAGAAAAAUUCUUAGAGGAAGACGUGUUAUGACCCGCACUUACUACCGUGGCAAUGCGGUUCCCGCGUGGGCAAUUAGCUUGAUGGCUGGAAUUGGAAUGUUGAUCAUCGGUGGCGUCUUAUAUGUAGUUAUGAGGAAACUCGUUCUAUCUUCGGAAACGGGUUCACUGAAUACUUACCAACCUGCUAUGCAGCAAGAAGUAUAAAACUACAGUUUUUUUUUUUAUAAUGUACCUACGUUAAAACGAUUCGAAUUUGAAACUUUUUAAUAAAAACACAUGAUUCGAGAUAAAUUUAUUUAUUCAUAGCAGUUACAAACGCGCAAUAUACUUUUUAGUUAAUACUUAACAUGUCAGUUGUAGUGAAUUGGUGACGAAAAGCAUGAUGCUCCAAUUCACAUGCAUUUUGAUAGAUUUAAUCUCUGUCGUUUGUUGAAUGUGCUACUAGCAUGUGUCAUGUAUAGGUCUUGUGAAAAAAAAAAAACUUUUAUUUUCAACAAAACGUGACAUUUUCAAUUUAUAGAACUUGUAAAAUUAAUUAUCAGUCGUAAUUGAGUAGAUCACAAUUAAAUCUGUUCAUUUGGUAGUUAAGAACUCACUUUUACAAUGAAUCGUUACAAGCAUUUAUUUUUAAAUUUAAUUUGUUCUUAUAUGUUUUUAAUGUAAACUAAUGAAAAUUAAACUUCUUUCAAAAACAA